GCGUCAAGCAGGCGCACUAGGCUAACACACACAACCCCCGCCUAACCUUCUAAAAAGCGACCUGAAAUGUGUAAAUCGUGCAAUCUUGGUUAAAACAUUGAAAGACUGGAUGCGACUCGAAAUACAAGGAUACAAAUUGCUUAGACUCUGUUCAACACAUUGAAACACUGAAAUCUACACACCACGUAAUUUGUUUUAGCUCCUGUUACCCAUGUGACACACGCUCAAACCGUGUAUGAGGGCUCUUUAAUUCCAAUCUAAAAAAGUAGCGCAUUGCAAAAGAAGCCAGGUUACAAGGAAGACAGAUCAAGUCCGAAAAGAAGAAUUAAGUACAUUAAAAAAAGGUGAUGCAUUUGUGUUUUCUUUUCUCAACUCCCACGCGAUCUACUUUAUCUGGAGCUCUGAUAAAAACAGUUCAAUACACAGACGCUUUCUCUGUCUUUCUGAAAAUAUGAUGACGAUGAUGUCACCGAGUCCUUACUUUUCCUUCUAGUUAUGGCGGAGCUGAACUUUUCAGAGUUUCUUUGAUUUAGAAAGUCCUCAUAUAUUGUGAAUGGAGCACUUUCAUGAAGCGUGGAAGACCCUUAGCAAUGGGUUUGGGCUCAAGGAUUCCGUGUUCGAAGAUUCUCCUUGCAUGUCUCCCACCAUCGCCCAGGGGUUUCCCUACCAGCGGCGCUCUUCAGAUGAAAGCAGAAUCACAGACUCAAGCAAGACCAGCUGCACUAUCCGGGUGUACCUGCCCAACAAGCAGCGCACAGUGGUGAACGUGCGGCCUGGCAUGACCCUCCAUGACUGCCUCAUCAAGGCCCUCAAAGUGAGGGGGUUGCAGCCACAGUGCUGUGCUGUGUUCAGACUGCACCAUGGGCAGAGAAGUCGUAAUUCCCGUAUGGAUUGGAAUACAGACGCUACCUCAUUGAUCGGUGAGGAAUUACUAGUUGAAGUUCUAGACCAUGUUCCCUUGACAACGCAUAAUUUUGUUCGGAAAACAUUUCUCAAGUUGGCUUUUUGUGAUAUUUGCCAGAAGUUCCUGUUAAAUGGUUUCCGGUGUCAGACCUGCGGAUACAAAUUCCAUGAGCACUGCAGCACUAAAGUACCGACUAUGUGUGUAGACUGGAGCAACAUCAGACAACUGCUGUUGUGUCCGACACCAGGUGAGAGUGGAGGCCCCUCCCUGCCACCCCUGUCAUCACGACGAAUGCGAGAGUCUCUCUCCCGAUUCCCUGUCAGCUCCCAGCACAGACAUUCUACCCCCUAUGCAUUUAAUGACCUCACAGCCUACCGUCCCACAGACUGCUCCCUUUCCCAGAGGCAGAGGUCCACCUCUACUCCCAACGUUCACAUGGUCAGCACGACCAUGCCAGUCGACAGCAGCGUCAUAGAGGUAGAUUGCCUGAAAGCUUCCCCCAGGUCCUGGUGCCGGAGGUUUUGCAUGAGAGGAAGAGAUGCAAUUAGAAGUCAUGAAUCAGGGAGCCCUCCCAAUCUCAGUCCAACAGGCUGGUUCCAGUCAACAAUGCCAGUCCCUGCUCACAGAGAACGAGCCCCAUCAUCCAACACCCAAGAAAAAAAAAAAAUUAGGCAACGAGGUGAGAGAGAUUCCAGUUACUAUUGGGAAAUUGAAGCUAAUGAGGUCAUGCUGCUGUCCAGGAUAGGGUCUGGCUCGUUUGGGACCGUGUACAAAGGGAAAUGGCACGGAGAUGUAGCUGUGAAGAUUCUAAAGGUGACCGAUCCCACGCCAGAACAGUUCCAGGCCUUCCGAAAUGAAGUUGCAGUUCUAAGGAAAACAAGACAUGUCAACAUCUUAUUGUUCAUGGGUUACAUGACAAAGGGAAACUUGGCCAUAGUGACUCAGUGGUGUGACGGCAGCAGUCUUUACAAACACAUGCAUGUUCAGGAGACAAAACUCCAGAUUUUCCAGCUGAUAGACAUCGCCAGGCAGACUGCGCAAGGCAUGGACUAUUUACAUGCAAAGAAUAUUAUCCACCGGGACAUGAAAUCAAACAAUAUAUUCCUACAUGAAGGCUUGACAGUGAAGAUAGGAGAUUUUGGCCUGGCCACUGUGAAGGCGAGGUGGAGUGGCUCCCAUCAAGUAGAGCAGCCGUCAGGAUCGAUCCUCUGGAUGGCUCCUGAAGUCAUUCGGAUGCAGGAUAACAACCCAUACAGUUUCCAGUCGGAUGUCUACUCCUAUGGGAUUGUGUUGUACGAGUUAAUGACCGGAGAAUUGCCGUACUCACAAAUAGCCAACAGAGACCAGGUAACGACAUUUACUAUCAUUUUCAUGGUUGGUCGAGGGUAUUUAUCACCAGACCUCAGCAAACUAUAUAAGAGCUGUCCAAAAGCCAUGAAGAGGCUUGUUGCAGACUGCAUCAAACAGAAAAAGGACGACAGGCCUCUCUUCCCUCAGAUUUUGUCAUCUAUAGAACUGCUGCAGCACUCUCUUCCCAAAAUCAACCGCAGUACCUCGGAGCCGUCACUGCAUCGAGCCACCCACACAGAGGACAUUAACUCAUGCACUUUGACCUCGAUGAAGCUGCCAGUUUUCUAGGACACAAUCACCCCACCCCUAGCCAAAAAAUAAAAUAAAAAAACUGCAAGUCUGCAUUAUAUAUUUUUAAAUUACUGCACCCAAGGACAGCAACGCAGCACCAGCUUAUAUAUACAAACCCUAAAGAAAAAAAAGCUGCUAUCAAGAUCAGUAAAGGAAACCUAUGUUUUUGUUCCUUCAGUCUUCAUUUUCAUUUUGAAGUGUGUCCCCUUUCAUAGAGUCAUGCAAGCAACUGAUGCAACACAGAUGGAUUUGCAUGGAUAUUUUUGAUUGAUAUUCUGAAUUGACAGAGGAACAACUGCACGUUUUUUUCUGUUGGGAGAUGAGAAAAAUGGUUGAAAGCUGCAAUAUUCUAUUUGUUGUACUCAAGAACCAGGGAACUAUAGAGGAGAAGCAUACAUUUUGUUUUAUACAUUUUUUUAAACAGAUGUGUACUUAACAGAAAACGUUCCUCGUCUCAUACUCUGGAUUCUUACCUUUUUGAAAAAUGAAGCAAAUUUGGAUUUAGGCAGAAAUCAGCAUCUCCUGGAGCUGAUUUUAAAUAGAAGGGACAUGUUUUUUUUUUACUGUAGUUUAACAGUAUUGCAUCUGCUGUCAUUCAUCAAACUGUUCUAGAACUAAGAUUCUUGCUUAACAGUUACAUUCUGUGAUUCACCAAUACGUGUUUAUGAAGGGGGUACCAAAACCGUUUUGAGGAGCACUCUGCUUAUUCAAUGUUCUCUUGCUAAUUUUCUCCCAGAUGCAUUUAUAAGUGUACCAGUUUCUCCAUACACAAUAUCUUAAACAUAUUGAUGAGAUAACUACAGGCAGAUGCAAUUACUGUAGCAAUCUCUCUUAAAACUUGAAAAGGUUUUCUCAUUAUUCUCUUCUGUGUCUACCACAUGGAAACAAAAAGCUGGCAUUUAGUUUUGGAAUUCAACUAUUUCUUUUAUUUUUAAAUUGUACUGCUUCUAGGGCUGUCUUAAGUAAUAAUCAGUGCAGUCUAUUAGAGGUGCACUGUAAUGGGAAAAUGUAAGAGUAUAUGAUAUGGUUUUCUUUAGGGACUAUAAAUGAUUUGGCUUUUUUUUUUGGUCUUUUGUUGCUCUUGACAGAGGAUACACAUUUUAUUGUAAACCUGAAGAUUGUUUAUCCUACUUAUUUUAAUAAAACUAAAUUAAAUUUGUAA